AUGCCGGGCCGCAUGCGCCCACAGGACCGCGCCAACCUCUUGAACGACCUCGCCGUCGGCGUCCCGCCCACCGAGGACGACAUUCGCCGCGAGAUCGACGAUGGCUGGCUCCUCCCCUCGCAAGACGGCCGCAACGAGCUCCGCGCCGCAGAAUGGGCCAUGCACUGGGACCGCCCCGCCGACCUCCGUUCGCUCCUCCACCUCGAGCCGACCCUGCCCACCACCUCGCUCGAGUUCGUGUCGUCCGGCCUCUCGGGCGACAUCACAGGCUACCGCGAGACGACCUCGACUUCGGCCCAGGCGACCCGCACCGCGACCAACAGCACCGCCCUCGACCGCAAGCCCGCCAGCUACCAGGGCUCUUUCGUGCGCGGCAAGAGCUCCUACUUCCCCUUUCACCCAGGAGGACUCGGCGACGUCGUCGUCGACGACGAUGACGAGGCGGCAGACGGCGAGGGCGCGCUCGGCGUCGCGACCGACAAGCUCGAGAAGGCGUUCGAGAAGGGCUACGGCGGCAUCCGCACCAUUCCUCCCGGCUUCACGCGCGGCCUCGACUUUGGUCCCGUCGCUGACGACCCGACCGGCGCGCUGCUCGAGGAGGAGGAGGAGGUCGAGGUCAAGCCCAUCUACCGGCCCAUGCUCGAGCUCGCCAACGAGGGCCGAGCACGAGCAGUCCCGAACGGCCGCCCGACCGAGGACGCGCCGCAGCUCGACUCGUCUAUCGAGGAGCUUCUGCCGACACGACGACUCGUCAAGGCGCCUGCAGCAGCCUCGACUCGCCGACGACCCGUCGUCGCCAAGCGCGACUGGGCGCACGUCGUCGACGUCAACCGCGAGAUCGUCAAUUUUCAUGAGCUUGUGCCGGACAUGGCUCGCGAGUACCCGUUCGAGCUCGACACGUUCCAGAAGGAGGCCAUCUACCACAUGGAGGUCGGCGAGUCGGUCUUUGUCGCGGCGCACACGUCGGCGGGCAAGACGGUCGUCGCCGAGUACGCCAUCGCGCUCGCGCAAAAACACAUGACGCGCGCCAUCUACACGUCGCCGAUCAAGGCCCUGUCGAACCAGAAGUUCCGCGACUUUCAGAAGACGUUCGACCCGAGCGAGGUCGGCAUCCUGACGGGCGACGUCCAGAUCAACCCCGAGGCGAGCUGCUUGAUCAUGACGACCGAGAUCUUGCGCAGCAUGCUCUAUAAGGGUGCCGACUUGAUCCGCGACGUCGAGUGGGUCAUCUUUGACGAGGUGCACUAUGUCAACGACCUCGAGCGCGGCGUCGUCUGGGAGGAGGUCAUCAUCAUGCUGCCCGACCACGUCGGCAUCAUCCUCUUGUCGGCGACCGUGCCCAACACAAAGGAGUUUGCCGACUGGGUCGGCCGCACCAAGAAGAAGGACAUCUUCGUCAUCUCGACGCCCAAGCGGCCCGUCCCGCUCGAGCACUUCCUGUACGCCGGCAAGGAGCUGCACAAGGUCGUCGACGCCAAGGGCACCUUCCUCGGCACGGGCCACAAGGACGCCAACGAGGCGAACCGGCGCAAGCAGGACAAGGAGCGCGAAGCGGCGGGCCUGCCUGCGCCGGGCGCGCCGGGCGGCGGACGAGGCGGUGCGGCGGGCGGCGGGAGGGGAGGAGGAGCGGCGGCCUCGAGGGGCAGCAACCGCGGUGGUGGGCAGGCGGCGCGCCAGGUCGCCGCACGAGGCGCCAUGGCGGCGCAGCGACGAGCGGGCACGGGCGCGCUCAACCGCUCGAACGCCCAGGGGCGCGACGCCAACCUCUGGAUCCACCUCAUCGGCCUCUUGCGCAAGAAGGAGCUCCUGCCCGUCGUUGUCUUUACGUUCAGCAAGAAGCGGUGCGAGGAGUACGCCGGGAGCAUGCCCAACACGGACCUGUGCACGGCGGCCGAGAAGAGCGAGGUCCACAUCGUCAUCGAGCGCAGCCUCACUCGCCUCAAGGGCUCGGACAAGGACCUGCCGCAGAUCAAGAACAUGCGCACGCUCCUCUCGCGCGGCAUCGGUGUCCACCACGGCGGCCUGCUGCCCAUCGUCAAGGAGAUGGUCGAGCUCCUCUUUGCUCGCGGGCUCGUCAAGGUCCUGUUCGCGACCGAGACGUUCGCCAUGGGCGUCAACAUGCCGGCCAAGUGCGUCGUGUUCUCGGGCAUCCGCAAGCACGACGGGCGCAGUUUCCGCGAGCUGCUGCCGGGCGAGUACACGCAGAUGUCGGGUCGUGCAGGACGGCGAGGGCUCGACAAGACGGGCGUCGUCAUCAUCAACGCCGACUCGGAGGUGCCCGACGCCAACACGCUGUCGCACAUGCUCCUCGGCCAGCCGACCAAGCUCCAGUCGCAGUUCCGCCUCACGUACUCGAUGAUCCUCAACCUCCUGCGCGUCGAGGCGUUGCGCGUCGAGGAGAUGAUUAAGCGGUCCUUCUCGGAGAACGCGGCGCAGCGCCUCCUCCCCGAGCACGCCAAGAAGGUCGCCGAGGGCGAGAACGAGCUCAAGGAGCUGAGAAGGCUCGAGCCGGGCCCCAAGACGGACGAGCUGCGCAAGUUCUACGACCUCGAGCAGCGCAUCGUCGAGCUCAACACGGCCGUCCUCGACGGCGUCUUGGCGCACCCGUCGUCGGGCAGGACCAUGAGCGCCGGCCGGGUCGUCAUCCUCUCGGACGGGCACUUCCGCGACAACCCUGCCGUGCUGCUCAAGUCGGCGCCGGCCGCCGUCUUGCCGUCAGGCGUGCUCGACCCGACCAAGCAGUUCUUCGUGCUCGCGUUCGUCCCGCCCGAGAUCCGCGAGGGCAAGCACGAUGUGGCCGCCGACGCCGUCCCGCCUCGUUGGCCACACCGACCUUCCUCGGCCUCGCCCGCCGACCUCACCUACGAGCUCGCCGUCGUCCCGCUCACGUCCAUCUCUCUCGUCACCACCUACACGCUCAAGCUCGACGCCGACGCCAUCGCCGACCGCCACCGCCGCAGCGCCAUGGAGGGCGCGCUCGCCGACUUUUCGACGCUCGCCGCCGAGCCGACGACGGCGCUCGAUCGCGAGGCCGACUGGACCAAGGUCCGAGGGCUCGAGUUUCGCGAGGCGCUGCAGAGGAGGGACGAGCUCGUCAAGCAGCUCGGGUUCUUGGCCGUCGAGGAGGACGACCUGGGCGAGCCGUACGCCAUCCUGCACUCGGAGCGUGUCCUCGAGGACAAGAUCGCGCACCUGCGCAUGGCGCUCAGCGACCAGAACCUCGAGCUCUUGCCCGACUACGAGCAGCGCAUCGACGUCCUCAAGGAGCUCAAGUUCAUCGACGACAACUCGACCGUGCAGCUCAAGGGCCGCGUCGCGUGCGAGAUCAACUCGGCCAACGAGCUCGUCCUCACCGAGCUCAUCCUCGACAACGUCUUUGCCGACUUUGAGCCCGAGGAGAUGGUCGCGCUCCUGUCGGGCUUUGUGUUCCAGGAGAAGUCGGACUCGGAGCCGCUCUUGACGCCUCGACUCGAGGAGGGCAAGGAGAUCCUCGUCGCGACGUACGAGCGCAUCACGGCCGUGCAGGACCGCCACCGCGCCAACUUUGCCGACGACGGCGCGUUCAACGGCUCGGGCGAGCUCAAGUUUGGCCUCAUGGAGGUCGUGUACGAGUGGGCGAGGGGCAUGUCGUUCCAGCAGAUCACGCAGCUGACCGACGUCCAAGAGGGCACGAUCGUGCGGUGCAUCACGCGCCUCGACGAGACGUGCCGCGAGGUGCGCGACGCCGCCCGCGUCGUCGGCAACGCCGAGCUGUUCCAGAAGGCCGUCAAGGCGCAGGAGCUCCUCAGGCGAGGGAUCGUGUUUGCCGCGAGCUUGUACUUUUCGAGCGGCCCGCAGGGGACGUCGUAGAGCGGGCGUGCUGCUGCAAUAGACGAGGUCUGCUGGGUGUGCGCCUG